CAGUGAUUUGGUACUUGGUUUUAGUCUGAAACGGCAUUUUGUGACCGAACAGCUUGUCUGUAAUGGCUUCCAAGGCUUUUGCUAUUUGGGGAUCUUAUGUUCCUCACAUGGGUACGGGAGAUUCAGGCUCUAGGCGUCCUGGGUUUGCUUUGAAUUGGAAGAGAGAUACUGAGAGGAGCUGUAACUUGAGGUGUUUUGGUUUUUCCGGAGAUUUCUCUGCUCUUCUGGCCACAAAGCCUGUUGAAGAUGAGAAUCCGGCGUCACCCACGGUUGAAUUACAGCGCUUGGUUGAUCAGUUUGAAAGUAAAGAGUCUAGACGAUCACAAAAGGAUUCGAACUCUCUUCCAAAACCAUUAUCUGUAACUAAUCCUUCCUCUUCAGCAAGCAAUGGCUCGAACGUGCGCGUGGCAUAUCAGGGGGUACCAGGUGCACAUAGUGAGGCUGCUGCCCUCAAAGCAUAUCCCCAGUGUGAGGCCGUUCCUUGUGAUCAGUUUGAAGCUGCAUUUAAGGCAGUUGAAUUAUGGCUGGUUGAUAAAGCAGUUCUCCCCAUUGAGAAUUCCUUAGGCGGGAGCAUCCACCGCAAUUAUGAUUUACUUCUUCGCCAUAGGCUGCACAUUGUGGGUGAGGUGCAGUUAGCUGUUAACCACUGCCUUCUGGGACUACCUGGUGUGAGAAAGGAGGAGCUAAAACGUGUUUUAAGCCAUCCCCAAGCGCUAGCUCAAUGUGAGAAUACACUGAGCAAGUUAGUUGUUGUCAGAGAAAGUGUGGAUGAUACUGCUGGUGCUGCUCAGUUUGUAGCUGCAAGUGGCCUGAGAGAUACUGGAGCUGUUGCAAGUGCUCGAGCUGCUGAGAUCUAUGGGCUUAACAUACUUGCAGAAAAAAUACAGGAUGAUCCUGAAAAUAUAACCCGUUUUCUGGUACUUGCAAGGGAACCUAUAAUUCCUAGAACUGACCGGCCCUUCAAGACCAGCAUUGUCUUUACCCUGGAAGAAGGCCCAGGAAUAAUAUUUAAAGCCUUGGCUGUCUUUGCUCUGCGGGACAUUAAUUUGACAAAGAUUGAAAGCCGACCACAGAGAAAGAGGCCAUUGAGGGUCGUAGAUGACUCUAACACUGGAAGUGCCAAGUAUUUUGACUACCUUUUCUAUAUUGAUUUUGAAGCUUCAAUGGCAGACCCUCGUGCUCAAAAUGCUUUGGGAAAUCUGCAGGAGUUUGCAACAUUUCUUCGGGUUCUUGGUUCCUAUCCCAUGGAUACAAUUUUAUAGCUGCUCUCCUUCGAGGCUCAGACAUGUAGGAUCCUGUUCAAGCUGGUGGAAGAGGAGUCUUGGGAGAGUGAUUUCUGAGAGCUACUGAGGAGAAGAACUAUCCUCCUACAGGAUCACAUUUAUCUUCAAUCAUUAUUCUGAAGGAAUUCUCUUGCAAAGGCUUAUGAGCACGAGGUACAAUGUAGCAAGGCUCAGUUUGGUUAGUUAAUGAGCCUGCCAUGUUGAAUGGUCUUGCUGAUCUGACAAUGGCUCAUCUAAUCCAUAUACCUGUUUGAUAUGAGCAGAAUACUUUAUGGCCACGUGUGGAUUGUGAAACCCAUGGUUGGAGAUCCCAUGAUAUGAUUUUUAUGGUUGCUUGCAAGACACCGAAUGUCUUCCCUUCACUAAAACAAUUUUAGUCAAGGGAGGCUUUAUAGCCCAUAGACAGUUCUUGGUUUCAGUUAGCUUCUAC